AUAUUGAGCAACAUCUUUCAAAGCAGCAAACACAAUAUAAAUAUUUGUCUCUUAAAACCCUAAGUCCAUCACAUCAGUAACUAAAGCAAACUCUUCUCCUAUUUUAGGUCAGAUUUCUUGGGUAGUACCUUCGUCACAUGAAUAGACACCAGUCUGUUUUCUUACGUAUAUAUUGUAUUUGUAUUCUUAUUAUAUAUUGUAAUUCUAGAAAAAGAACCCAGUGCUUUCCCGGCGUAUUCAACGAGCAAACUCGUACCCGUCUGGAAGCCCAGGAAGAGUUUAUUCGUUAUUGUAAUUCUUAAUCAGGAAUGGUCACCAAUAUCAUUUUGCAUUAUUUCGAAGCACAUAGUAUACAUGCAUUAAUUAUUACCGAUACACACAUUCAUAUUGAGCCUAUUAGUGUCGGCUGGCGAAUCCUGCCUUGCCCUUAAGUAGAUAAUCAUGGAGAGUUUGUGGUAAGUGGCUUGCUUUAUCAUGAUGUAUUGUUCAGACUUCAUAACUGCUUAUAUGUCGUAGGUACAUUUCGAAUUUGACUAAUCUGAGCGAAAACAAGGUACUCGCUAAAGAUUUUAUCAGAUGAACCAAACUGACACAGAUUUCAUUAGGUCAAUUUCUGGAAUAAAACAUCAGAUAAAAGGUUGCUGUGCAAACACGUGUCUGCUAAUAUAGCAGGAGGAAUUCGUUCAACUCCGGUAGUCGGUCGUGUAUGUUGUGUCCUAGCUGUCUACGCGAUACGCAAGCCAAGAGAGCAAGCUAUUGCACAUCUAGCAAACUUCCCCUCUUCACGCAGCUGAGAAUCUAAAGUGACGGCAGAGACCAUACAUUUUGGCACCAGCGUGUCGCUAAAGUUGCCAGUCGGUAUUGAACUCAAUGUAAGAUUGUUUUAGGGACUCCAGCUCCAGAUUUUUCCUUGGGAUUUAGUCCGGAACUCUUCCCCAUUACUGGGUGUAGCCGCAAGGCAGCGGAGGUUUGAGAUCAGAGUUUUCCUUCUUGAUAAACUGCCAACCAUGGCUGACGAGCCCCAUCUGCCCGAAGCAACAGGCUUUAAGGCGCCAGUAACUCGCUUUGUCCCUUCUCCUGUCAGUAGCAAUGGUUCCAUCGCGCUUAGUAGCUGAGCCACACAUGAAGGCUAGGAGUUGGACUUGGUUGUAAGAGGCUAUUUGAGACGCACACCAUUGGGAACAUUUAAUGGGUACUGGGAGCUUAUCCCCACUAUCUUCCACGGCUAUGACAACCUUUAAGGAACCAAGCUUGGUACCAUAAUGAUAUUGUAUGUCUAUCAUGUGCCGUUCAGACUAUUCGGUUAGAUAUCGGGAACCAUGAGGGUCAUUCACUGGUAUAUGGUGUAGGUAUUAAAUAAACAUACGCUAAGCGAUUAAAAAUACUUUAACUGAAACUUUUCCAAUAAAUUUUCUUCCUAUGUACAAUAUAUAUGCUUGAGAACUUCACGGCACGAGGGAAAAUCAGGGACAACUGCAACGAUUCUGCGGUGUCAUUUCUGCGGUGAAAUUAAGCUUCAAUCAGGAAACUUUUACCAUUAUAUUAUGGAGAUUUGGCCACACAACUCUGAAACUUUGCCCUCGCGAAUUAGUAAGAAUCCAUUGUUCUGGAAGACGUAAAUCACUGUUACAAAACUGGUCAAAACUGACAGUGAGCUGGUGGUUUCUCCUUUCUACAAUGAAAUGCCCAUGAGAUGUGUCAUCUUUAUUUCGAUUUCUGAACCCACGACCCUUUGGCAAGAAAGCUCUUUUUCUGAAGAUUCUACCCAGUCAGUUUGUGUGGCCAGUUUGUAUAAAAUUAUGCCUAUUUUUCAAUGUAUUCUGAGUUAAACCGCGAGCAUUUAUUUUUUAGGAGGGUCUCUGUGAUCGUUGACUGGAGACUGACAUCUCGUUCGAUACUUUUCAAAGGUGUAUUCUUGGUAAUAGUGCGGAGGGUCAAUAACAGACUUGACAAAUUCAUCUGAUAUGAAAAGAAAUAAAUUAGUUCUUUUGGUUCCAGUGUGAUUUACUUUCUAUUUUUGAACAUUCUUAAAAUCUUACUGGACAGGGAGAUUUACAACGCUUCUUAAAUAUUACGUGGGGAUCUAGAGCGUCAAAUGCUGGGGAUCUAUAUGACUUAAAAAUGGAGUCGAAGAAUACAGUAAGGGUUUCAGUAAAGAGCAUUCGAUUUGGUUUAUCGAUUUAAAAUAUUAUUUAGGUUGAGAUGUAACAUUGUAUUGAUUUUUACGGCACGAUAGAUCCCACAGGAGUUUAUGUCAUUAAUGUAGCUCUCGUCUGCAGCUUUAUUUUGAUGAUACUAUUACAUUCUUUACAUACUUCCUGCUCCUAGUUGGUGAGUUAGACUCUUUUACGCACAUACAUAGGGAAAUCAUGGCGAUGUGCACACGAAUAAACCACGAACCCAAGAUUACAACGAGCAGAUUUCCUUCUCCUCUAUUUCUGCGGACAUUUCGCCUUCACGAGUACAACAUAUACCUGGUUGAACUUAAUGUACAGGCACAUUUCAUCAUCGUUACUCCCCAAAAUAAAAGGUCAGUACUCGCACUCUCAUUCCCUUCGACACUUUUAUCUAUUCCGACAUGCGUAUGCAAUAUAAUUCACUGACAUUGAGCAACAAUAACUCAGCAGCUUCUUUGCCUUCUUCCCCCGAGAGUUGCUUUCUUCAGUCAAGAAUGAAUCGAAUGUCUUCUUCAGAAAGGAUCGCUUUCUUCCGCACUCCUUCAUCGCUUGGAUUUGCGUUGUUUCUGACGUCAAUGUUCCAAGCUGCUGAUUGAUUUUUUGGGGAGUUGUUUACUUAUCUGAAAAGUGAUGUUGGCUAUAAAAAGGCCGGUAGAGUUCAAAGCCGAAUCUUUUCGGAGGUGGUCAGUGUGGGUGUUCAGCACCAUGGAGAGCUCUCGAUUCUGCCUUCUCACUCUGCUGAGCGCCGCGCUGUUCUUUAAUUCCCACUGCCAGGAACCCGAGCUGCAGGCACGAUCUGUGGAUCAUCACUCCGUUAAAGAGGACUCAUCGCAAGAAAAAGAACUGAUUGAAGCCUUGCAAGAAGUUCUGGAGAAACUGAAGAGCAAACGGAUGCCAACCUAUGAGAAAAAGUUUGGAAUGGUCCCUAUGUGUGAUGCUGGGGAACAAUGUGCUGUUAGGAAAGGAGCCAGAAUUGGGAAACUGUGUGACUGCCCCAGGGGAACCUUCUGCAACUCGUUUCUCCUGAAGUGUUUGUAGAGAAAAAUAACCAAAUUUGUGCAUUUGCAACACAUCGUUAUUUCAACAGUAUCUAAAUACUUGAACUAAUCCGGCCAAUAAAAAGUAAUCUACCUACCAAAAAAAAAAGAAUGGUGAAAUGCAUGGAUAUGACCAUGUGUGGGAGAUCGAAAAAUGUGUCCACAGUUGCUAUGGCACCAUUGUGUACAGUUGUGUCUGUUACCUUAUGGUGAAAAGUUGUUUUUGCCUGUAUUAGUUACUGAGUUAUGAAUAGUUCACAAUAUACUAUGUGUUUAUCUUUCAGUCACAGAAAGGUGUGACUAGUUUAUAAUACUGUAUUUUUGUAUUUAGAAUGCAUUGAACCUAUGAAUAAAAUCCAUUCUAGGCAUCCUUUGCUCUGUCACAGUUCACUUUGUAA